AUGGCAUUCAGCCCACGGCACUCGAUCGACGAGGUUCGGCGGUCCAAGUCAGGCAACCGCCACCAGCUCAAGCGCUCCAUCACCGAGCUCGCGUCGCCCGUGAAGCUCUCCCGCCAGCAGCGCAAGGACCGAGACCGCCACAAUGACGACAGGCCCCCGCACGCCGUAUCCGCAAACCCGUUACUCUGGAGCCGAACAUCUGUCGACAUGCCUCGCUCCGAGGGCGUAACGCCCAUCAUCAGCCCCGACCAGAGCCGUCGACCCAGCAUCAUGCUGCAACGAGAGGAGGAGAACCGGACGUCGAACCCCUUGCCGCCGCCGCCGGAACCCAAGGUCAACAAGGAGGAGAGGCUUCGGGAAGAGCGAGAGAAGACGUCCUCUCAGGUCGAAGGCCUGAAGAACUCCCUGCUAGACCUCAGCACCUUUUCGACAACUGCGUCCCGCCGACUGGAUGAUACCUACUACGCCGUCUUGGAGAAGAUGAGCUCCCUACAACACACCGUUGCCGCCCUGAAGGACAUGGCUGAGACAUCACGCAACAUCCACAACGACUUUGACAAGGACUCAAAGGAGAUUGAGUGCGAUAUCACAUUGCAGAUCGCCUCGAUGGGGCAGUUUGAAGAGCAGGAAGCAAGCAUCGAGUCCCUCCAGACCCGGAUCCAGGACGGCCGGGCAAAAAUCCGGUCGCUAAGUGACCGUGUCGAGGUUGUCCGCCAGCGCGUCGAGGGUUGGGAACGACUCGACAAGGUGUCGCAGGAAAAGACCCGCCGGCGGCUCAAGGCCAUCACGAUCUGCAUGUCUGUUGUGACCUUGGCCAUGAUACUCAUCUACGUCUUUGGUGUCCAAUAUGCUCCCCCGAGCACAGCUUUUAUGCAAACGGAAACACGCAUGGCCGAGUCUAUCAUCGAGUCUCGCAAGGAAGCAGGUCAUACGGAGGUUCCGGUUGAGAGACAUGAGGAUGCCGACGGAACCUAUCUACGGAAGAGGCCUGUCGAUGGGGGCGAGAGGCUGCGGGUCUUCGAUGAGCUAUGA